CAAUCUUUCUCUUUCCUGUCUAUCUCGUUCUAUAUUAUCAUCAUGUCUCUUGUCAAGUCACUCAGUACCACCGCCGAGCUGCAAACUCUGCUCACUGCUUCUCCGACCCGUCUAGUCGUCAUCGACUUCAUGGCAACCUGGUGCGGGCCCUGCCACCAGAUAGCGCCCCUGUUCGAGUCCCUCUCCAAGCAAUACAAACACGCUGCUUUCGCCCGUGUGGAUGUAGAUAGGAGCCAGGAGAUCGCGCAGAUGUUCAAGGUCACUGCUAUGCCGACCUUUGUCUUACUCAAAGGAGGUCAGGAAGUCGGCAGGGUACGAGGUGCCAGUGCCGGACAGUUGCAACAGAUCGUCGCCGUUCAUGCAGGGCCUGCUCCUCCGAGCGCAACAGCCUCGAGCUCCGGCGACAGCUCGAGCAAAGGCAAGGACGACCUGGUGGACACCGUCUCCCUGUUAGAGUUCCUGGACCCUUCGCAGUUGAACUGCCUUAAUGAGGCAGAGCAGCAUGGGAUCAAAGGGGUUAUUAGUAAUAAGGGAAAGAACAAGAGCGGGGCGUGGUUGGAGAGCGAUGCGGAUGAGGAGCUGUUGUUGAACAUUUAUUUUAACCAAGCCGUGCGCGUACGUGGGCUUGUCAUCCAGGCGAAAGAACUUCCCCAGGGCCCGAAGAAGAUCAAGCUCUUUUUGAACAAGCCUGCUCUCGGAUUUGAGGAUGUCGAGGACGUCGAGGAGGCGGAAGCCGCGCAGGUCCUGGAGGUUACUGAGGAGAACCUGGCGGGGAAGCCGAUCAUCCUCCGAACUGUGAGGUUUACAAGGGUGACCAGUCUACAUAUUUUUGUCGCCUCAAAUCACGGUGACGAGGACACGACCCGCAUUGAUGCGAUUGACAUAUUCGGCAUGCCUGUUGAGACGACCAAUAUGGGCAAUUUUAAGAAGACGGAGGAAGUCUGAACGGAAUCCUGCUUUCUUCAUCCUGCUCAUACCCACACGACAUGACCUGUAUUACUUGAUUAACAAGAAGCCUAUUUGGCAUACAA